AUGUCCCAGCUGUCAGUAACGGCGUAUUUUAAUACGCGUAAACGACAAGCAACUGACGAUAUACGGAGCAAGGCAAAGGUUUUGCUUCUUGAUCGAGAUCAAUCGACAUCAGUGAGUAGUCAAAGUCGAACUCCAGUAAAUAAGAAUAAUUCCGAAUCAUCCGGAGCACUAACUCCGGUUCAAGAAGAAAAAACAAUGGGAACAAGUCCGAAAGUUGUUCUUAUACCUGGUAAAGAGUUAGUAGGUAAUCGUACUGCAAAGCCAAACUCAGCUGUUCGGAAUAUUCAAUUUGAUUCUCCUAAAGCAAAUGCUCAAAAAACACCCAAACAGAAUGUUCGAGCUCGAGUUACACGUUCACGGAAAUUAUCUGGACAAGAGGGGCAAACAGAUAUUAGGGAAAGUUUUCAAAAGAUUGCAGAAGAUGCAAAAAAAGUACUUUUUGAAAAGAAAGGAACAUUGAGCCCAAAGAAGAAACAUCCAGGAACACCUAAAAAAAAUUAUGCUUCUGCUGAAAACUCAUCCACAAAUGUUCAAAGUGAACAAUUUUCAGUCAAUUGCACUACACCUAAAAAAAGUUCAACCAUGGAUAGGUUGGUAAAAAAAGAGCUGUCAUUCACUGAAAUAAAAAGUAGAGUUAACAAGUCAUCUAGACUUAUGGAAUUAAAAGCCUCUAUUGCACGCUUCAAGAAUUGCGAACAAAGAUUGGAACAAGUGCAAAAACAGAAUGACAUUAAGAAACCUCAGAUACAGAAGUUUGAAAAGAUUCAACUUGAGAUACCAGUUAGCCCACCAAAAGCAUAUAAAUCCCCCAGUAAAGCAAUAUUAAGCCCCUUGAAGAAUAAACAAUUAUUAAAUGCCAGUCCUCAAAAAAGAAUUUUAUUUGAACCUAAAGAAUCAACUCCAAGCCCUGUGAAAAGUAGCCCAACUAAAACACCAGCUUAUCAGCAAUAUUUAUCUCUUGCUGAAAGUGGUGUUCCUACAUUACCAUUGCCGUAUCAUUAUAGAUUCUUGGCAGAAGGAUUUAGAUGUGUAGAUACAGUUUCUGCAAUGCUAUUUAACCGUAAAGAAACAAUAACAUUCAAGAAAUUAAAACCAGCAGUUCAAGAGUUAUUACGCAAAAAUUUCACAUUGGAACAUUUAGCACAAAUUAAAACAAUUUUUCCAACUGCAUAUAUUUAUAAUCAGGAGAAACAUCACACAUUUGGUUCUAUAUCUAAACAAGAUAAAUAUGAGAUGAUUCUCACACCUGCUGUUGAAGAAAAAAGUGGAAGAAAUACACCAGAUGCCGAUGAUGUUUUGAAAACAGCGGCUGAAGCUAGUAUGGGACCACGAGUGUUAUUAGAUAGACGGAGGAGGUUUUACAACAUCCUGCUCGACAAAGUAAAGGACGAACAUACAAAAUUUUUACUCAGUUUAGAAACACCAAUGCACGUACCAAAAGAAAAAAUCAUGCGCUGGCACCCUGAGUUUGAUGUAGAAAGUUGUAAGCCAAUUGAACAAGCUGAUUUGCCACAACCACCUAAUGUAGAAAAAGUGACAACUGCCAAAGAUGUUCUUGACAAGGCAAAAUCACUGUUCAAUUGUGGUACUCGUAUGGAAAAAGCAUUGCAGCGACUAGCCGAAGCAAAAAUGACUUCGAAAACGCUUUCUCCACAAAAGAAUGAAGUGGAUAAUUCAACACAAACUGAAGGCGGUAUGCGGAAAGUUAAUAUUACUGUCGUGGAUACUCCGCCUGCUACACCUACUAUGCAAAUUAAUCAUAUUACUUCAACCCUUAAAGGCAUACCAAAGGCCCUCCUUGAGAAGGUUCGAGCUAGACAAGCUGCUAAAGCAUUAGAAGCAAUGACACGUACACCUAACGUCGAGAAAAAAGCUAUAAUGUAUUCAAGACUACCGGAGUUAGUUAAAGUUUUGCGUAAUAUUUUUGUUGCUGAGAAGAAGGGAGUUUUACCAAUGGAAUUUGUUAUUACAAAAUUAGAGAAUUCGUACAGAGCGAAAUUAACUACGACUGAAUUAGAGGAGCAUAUACGUUUGUUGUGUACACUAAUACCCACAUGGACUAGUAUACAUAAUGUACGAAAAAUAGAUUACUUAAAGUUGCAAAAAGAAAUUGAUCUUGGGAAGGUGGUGAAAAGAUUAGAAAUUUUGGCUAAUAACAAAAUUACGGCGUCAUGAUGUUGAACUUACAGAUUCUCUUUCUUUUGAAGAUGAUG